AUGAGUGGCGGCCCGGUGCAGGAGAGUCAGUAUGUGGGACAGCAGAAUAGUAAGUUUACAAAGGAACAGGAGAAAGGGACAUUUUAUACGAUGAAAGGUGUCCGUAAGACGGCGGGACACGUUUUAUCGUAUAAAAUGGAGUUGUCAAGGAUAUUAAAAAAAGUGUGAUCAAUUGAGGGACAGAGGUCACUUUUAUGAUAUAAGUGACGUUUUUUACGAUGAAAGGUGUCCGUAAGAUGGCGGGACACGUUUCAUCGUAUAAAAUGGCGGUUGACAAGGAUUUUUUGAAAAGUGUGAUCAAUCGAGGAACAGAGGUCACUUUUAUGACAUAAGUGACGUUUUAUACGACGAAAGGUGUCCGGAAAAGCACUGGACACUUUUCAUCGUAUAAAAUGGUAUUUGACCAAAGUUGUGUAGUGAAAUAGUCGAAACUUGUGAUUCUGCAUAUUGAGUUGUUUUACAACGCAAAAAUUUUUUAGGAUCCGUUUACAUGGAGCGCAAAGAAUCCCCCGCGGGUCCGUUUACUCCGCCUCCGACCGCUCAGCGCUCCGUUUAUUUCGCCGGCCAGAAUCCGAGUCAGAGCAUGUACGCGCAGGAACGGCAGUCUUUCUUCAAUUGUAAGCGAAGCCCGCAAAUUCCCUGAUGCCAUUAUCACCGUUCAUUUUUCAGCCCGCCGGCCGCGUUCGCAGCCCGUAGACGCCGCCAGCAAAGAGCCAACCGCUGCUCCGCCAACUGCUCCGCUCCAAAACAAUACUCCGUCGGUGUCGCCGGACAUCAAGGUGGACUCGUCGGGGAGUCAAGCCAACCCACCGCGUGGCGGAUGGUUCGGCUACAGGCAUCUAUUUUCGGAGUAUUGCUACAAUAAACCGGAGCCGGUGAACUUGGGCCGAACCCCGGUGGUGAAGCAGGAUCGCAUUACCGAAUCGCAGGGAGACGAUUCUGGCGAGACGUCGGGCGAAGAAACGGGUCCGGGGUCCGCUGAAAAGGCUUUGAUACCGGUAGGUGAAUUUGAGAUGCCUUUGCUAGGAAAUGGACAUUUUAUACGACGAAACUUGUUUACGAAUUAACAGACAGGUUUCAUCGUAUAAAAUGUCUUUUUUGGGCCUAUGCGGUAUCAAAAUAGUGAAAAUCUUGAUAUGAAAAAGAGCGUUUUUGUGUACUUUGAAAGGGACAUUUUAUACGAUGAAACUUGUCUGAGAAGUAACGGGCAGGUUUCAUCAUAUAAAAUGUCUCUUUACACUAAAGCUUUAUGAGCACAGGGAACAGAUCUUAAUGCAAAUAUAAGCGCUCUUUGUACUUGAAAAGGGACAUUUUAUACGAUGAAAAAUGCCCAGAAAUAUGUAGGAAGUUUUCAUCGUAUAAGAUGUCCCUUGUCAUUUGUUGUGGUAAUAUAGUAUCGAAACAUUUGUUUUCAGGUGAGAUCUCACGAUUUUCGCCGAAGUUCGAGCGAAAGUUUGUCGAAUUGGACCGAUCGCGACAGCACCAACAAGACCUUGAUCUUGCCGGACGGAUCUGUGGGCCCGGCUGGGCCGCCACUCUCGGCCCAGGGUGGCUUCGCUUCAAACCAGACCGAGUUGAACUCGCUGAAAAUCGACCAUGAGCAGGGAAGACAGGUAAUGGAACAAUGAAUACUCGUAUGCCAGAAAGAGGACAUUUUAUACGACGAAACUUGUCUGAGAAGCAUCGGACAGCUUUCAUCGUAUAAAAUGUCGCUUUUUUGACCCUGGCUUUAACAGAUCUUGAUGUUGAUAAGAGCACUGAAUUUUGUUUAAAAAGAGUGCUCAGCAAGAUAGAUGCAGUUUUGAUCGUAUAAAAUGUCCCCCUUAUCAACGAAAUUUCAGUACGACUUCAUCAAACCGUCCAGUGAGUACUUUGCGGGUCGUGAGAACGCCCGUCCCGUCCAUCCGCCACGCGAUUCGCGCAUCUUUCCCCCCGAGACACAUACUCUGACCAGCGAGCCGAAGGCCACUUCCAUGUGGAGCAAACUGUUCAGCCUGUGGAGUCAUUCGUCGUACGGCUCAAACAAGUGA